UUGUCUGCUGUGGACGCGAUCGUGCAAAACGAGAUUUUCACCAAGUGUUUUCUCGGAUUGCUGCGCCACAAGACAGUCAUAUUGGUGACGCACUCGCCGGAAAUCAUCGCGUCCAAGUGUAUCGACCGGAUUGUCGAAAUCAAGAGCCGCCACCUGAUUCAAACCACAGUCGACAACGCAAUGGCUCUGACCGAUGCACUGGUGACACCGCUGUGCGUCCGCGUGGGGUUUGCCGACGACUCGAAUGACAACCAUGACGACUACCGUUCAGAACCCAGCCAAGAGUGGGAUAGCAGCAUCUUGCUAACCCCGUCAGUGGCAUCGCCGUACCCGGCGCCGUUUUUGCAUGGCAUGCCGUUCACUCCGUUUGAAGAAACGGGUGCUGCCACGUAUGACGACCAGAGCGCCCGCCUCGUGCUAGACGAGGGUCGAUCGCAAGGCCGCGUGUCCACCAAGGUAUUUGCGUCCUACUUGAAAGCCGUGGGCGGGUGGAAAAAGGUUUUGUUUUGGGUUGCGGUGUUGGCCAUAUGGCAAGGCCUGACGAUUUCCGGCGACGUGUGGCUCAGUCGCUGGAGUGCCACCGUAAAGGAUGGCACAGCGUCCUCUUCUGCCGACUACUUGCACGACGCGGGGUACUAUUUGUCCAUCUACGCUGUGUUUGCGCUUGGCAGCGUCGCGAUGACGAUGGUUCGGACGCUGUCGAUCUUUUCGUCGGGGGUGGCGGCAUCCCGCCGGUUGUUUGAGAACAUGACCAAUGCACUCCUCCGCGCCCCCAUGCGUUUCUUCGACACUAACCCCAUCGGCCGCAUCCUCAACCGGUACUCGAACGACAUCGACACGGUGGACAGCAGCAUCCCGUUCAACGUGAGCGCGUCCAUGGCGGUGGCAUUCAUGGCGCUGUUUUCAUUCGGCACGACCAUCUGGGUGCUCCAGUGGUGGGGGCUGGCGCUGCUGCCCCUCAUCUACUUGUACUUUGUCCUUGGGGGGUAUUACGUUGAACCGGCGCGGGAAAUGGAGCGCGUAAACAAAACGACCAAGUCCCCACUCCUGAAUUUGAUCUCCGAGUCGAUUGAAGGCGCGCUCGUAAUUCGAGCGUUCGGCCCCAAGCAGGUGCGCCGGUUCCAGCGCCAACACUUUCGCAACGUUGACACUAACAACGAAGCGUCGUUUGCGGCCCAAGUGAUCUCGCAAUGGUUUGCCAUGCGCAUUCAGCUCCUCAGUGCGAUAUUGCUCUUGUGCAUUUCCACGGCGCUGAUCUUCAUGCGAGACUACGUGAGUCCAGGGCUGAUUGGUCUUGUGCUCAACUACUCGUUUACGGUAUUGCCGUCGUUCCAACAGCUGGUGGCCAACUGGGGCCAGCUCGAAACGGCCAUGGUCGGCCCCGAACGCCUCGCGGAAUACGCCAACAUUGAGCCCGAAGCCCCCCGUGUGAUUUCUGGCGCUGUAGCCAAGGACUGGCCCACGACCGGCGACGUUGCCUUUACCAACAUGAGUUUCCGAUACAAAGAGAACGAUCCAAUGGUGCUCAAGGACGUGAAUGUGCACAUUCAAUCUGGUGAAAAGGUCGGCAUUGUGGGGCGGACGGGGGCUGGCAAGAGCAGCCUGACCAUGGCGCU